AUGCAACUGGCCACGAAAGUCACUGUGAACUUCUCAUCACCAGCAUUCUUAGUAUUAGAUAAUAAUGAUUAUUUAGUGACAUACAAUGACACUCUAGUGUACAUGACACAUUGGAUUGGUGGUACAUCUGUCUAUCAAAUUUCGUUUAAUAAAAGUUGGACAGUUGAACCCCUACCAGCGACAAAUACGUCCACGUCGGGCUUGAUACCGGCCCAAGUGACGUGGGAUAGUUGUGGCAGAAUGUGGGUCGUAGUUUAUGGUUAUGGUGUGAGAGUGUAUGAUGCGAUGGGUUCAACGUUGCUGGCAUCAUGGGCUGUUAGUACGACUUUGACAGCUAUUCUGUUGUUGGAUAAUUAUGACUUGUAUUUAGCUGAUUAUGAUAAUGAUAAGAUUUUGUAUUAUAAACCAAGUUUUCAGUGUACGUCUUAA